CACGUCCAAGUAACCCCACCAGCAUGGUAUCUCUAACAAAAGCGUUGGCCAUCCUUGGACUCAUAACCGUUGGUCAAGCUCAGAUCCCGGCCUUCUUUGAAGACGUCGAGCAACUCGAAAGCAUUUGCAACACGGACGAGUCCCAAAAUAACGUGUGCUACAAGGACUCGGAGCCUGCCAAGGUGUCCAAGUCGAAGGCCGUAGCGCGUUUGAGAUUAAACUACAUUGGGUCGUGGUGCACGGGAUGGCUCUUCGGGUCCGAAGGCCACCUGAUGACCAACUACCAUUGCAUCAACUCGGCCGACGCCGCGGCAUUCACUCGCGUUGAGUUUGACGCCGUGACUCCGGGAUGCCAAGAUUCGUCAAGUAGGGGCAGCCACCCCGGCAAGAUCGCAGCCGAAAAUGUGACGGUGAUUUUCAGCGACAGAGCUUUGGAUUUUGCCUUGGUCAAGGUCAAUCUCAUCGACGAGUUCGACUUGACGCCGUACGGAUACCUCCAAGCGUCGGAUCAAACUGUGAAAGUGAACGACACGGCCUACGUGAUGGGCCAUCCCAAUGGAAGACCUCGCCGCAUCGCGAUGGUCAAGGAUGGCGCUCCCACUGGUCGUAUCACCACCACUAACUACACCGAGGCGAAGCCAUCGCUCUGCUUGAAUGUUGACCGGUUGGGCCACAACUUGGACACAGAAAAGGGAUCGUCGGGCACGCCACUGUUGAGCGCCACCACCAACCUCGUCAUUGGGCUGCACAACUGUGGGGGAUGCAUGGCUGCCACCACCGCGUACGGGGCGAACUACGCUAUCAAGAUGACUUACAUUAUCAACCUCCUUCGUGAAAACAACGUCCUCCCCAAGGACGCUGUCAAAUCCACCGGAACACUUACUCCUACUACUACUAUUACAUCCACGCCCCCAACUACCACCCCUUCGCCAGCCACCACCACUCCCACCACCACUCCCACCACUACCCUUCCACCUACCACCAUUCCCACAGCCCCAUCUACCACACCAGUUCAAUCCAAGUGCUCCCCCAUCGAAGACAACACGGAUUACGCUGGCUUCGAUGUGGCGUCGACGUCGCGCGCCAACGCAGCCGACUGUUGUGUCGACUGCGAUAGUAUCCCCGGAUGCAAAUUGUUUGUCUGGUCGCCCUUCAACGGUGGCACGUGCUGGUUGAAGUCUCAAGUGGGCACCAAGGUCACGAGUGUCGGCGUCAAGUCGGCCGUCUUGACCAGCCCCGUGACCACGUCAGCUCCUCCCCCGACCCCGCCCCCCAGUCUCUGCUUGCCAGCCAAGGCCAACUACGAUUUCCCCGGCAACGACAUCUCGUAUGUAUCGAGUCGGCAGUUCAAAGACUGCUGUGCCGUGUGCACGAAUACCCCUGGCUGCAACUUUUAUGUGUGGACUGACUAUAACAGCGGCACGUGCUGGCUCAAGUCUAAACAAGGCAGCGACAAGGUGCUGUCGUUUGGGUCCCGUGCUGCGUUCGCCCCUGGUGGGGGUGUCGACUCCACUUGCUCGCCCGUCGAGGUCAACACAGACUACGCUGGUGUAGACAUUGUCGGCGUCGCGGGCCCCCUCGAUACGUGCUGCGACGCAUGCAAAGCCAACUACAAGUGCAAUGCGUACAGCUGGUUCAACGGCGUGUGCUACCUCAAGGGCAAGCGCCACGGAGCGUCCCCCAAUUCGCAUGUGCAGUCGGCGCGCGUGUACAAGUGUGCCGCACCACAAGUCAACACGGAUUACGUCGGCAACGACAUUGGCAGCGUGGUGGCUGAAGCUGCCGAAGACUGCUGCGCCGUGUGCCGCAGCACGGCCAAGUGCAAGGCGUAUUCGUACGCGCAAGGGGUUUGCUACUUAAAGAGUGCCAAGGGGGUCACCAAAUCGAAUGGUGGCGUCACGUCGGCCACCGUCGCGUAGUGGAAUCGGUAUAACGUUACCGCCGUUACGGAUUACUACCCGGUUCUGUACUAGUAAAAAUAGCCGACAUAUUCGAUGUGUGCAGUACCAUAUUGUAACUUGGAUCAGUUCGUUCAAAUAAACUACAGUACCAUCAUCGUUACUGUACAAGUGACACAUGC